AUGAGAGUCUUUAUAUAUGGGAUUUUUAUUGCAUUUACAAAUGCUUUGUCAGAAAAUAGUAGAAUUUCAGAUUCUGCAAGUCAAAAUUUAAAUAUUUUAGAUAAUGAAGAAAAAUUAAUAUUUAACCAUGUAUAUCCAUAUAAGUCAUUUGAGAAACGGAGUAAUUUUAUGAGUUUUGAUGAGUAUAUUAAUAAACAAUUAAAUGAAAUUCAAAAUUUCUUACAUAAAAUUAAUCUCGAAAAUCAUGAUUUAUCUCAAGGAAAUUAUCUUACUUCAGAAGAUUACGGAUUGCUGGCAGUAAUAAUUGCAACAUAUUUUAAUCGUAAAUAUACUGUAAUUGAAUGUGUAAAUAUUUUGACUCAAUUUUGUCAACAUAUAAAUUCUAUACCAAAAAAUGAUAAUCGCUUAACGAGUUUAUCUUUUGCAUGUAAUAAUCCAACAGAAACAUGUAAAAAAACGAUACAUUUUUUUGAUGAAAUGUGUAGAGAACUUGAAGAAUUCUUAGAAAAAACAAGCGAAUUUACAAAUUAUGUAUGUCAAAAAGAAAAUCUGGUAUGUAAAUACUUAGGGAAAACAUGCGGAAAUAAGCUUACAACUAUUUGUGAAAGACUGGGAACUCAUUGUGAAAAACCAAAUGAAACAGGACAUAAGACAAUUUCUACAACACAGAGUGAAUAUAUUAGUUUUGAAAAUACUCAUACUAUAAUUCUUGAUGAAACAAUUUACAUAACAGAAACAGUUUAUUCUACUCACACAAACGUAGUAUUAAAAACAGUUGAUUGCAAUUCAAAAGAUACUGAAGAUUGUACUUGUACACUGAAUAUGGCUAUUUGUCCAAUACCGACAUUUACUUUAGAACCAACAAAAUCCAGGAGCAAAUCAAAGCCGACUUCAACAACUAGCUUAAAACCAACUGAAUCCAAAAACAACCCAAAACCAAGUCCAACGUCUAGCUUAGAAACAACAGAAUCUAAAGACAAAUUAAAACCAAGUCUUACAAAAACACCUGAUAAAAAUAUAUCAGUUACAAAUGAUAAAGAAUGUGAAAUAACAACUACAAUGAUAAUAAAAAAUAAAUUUAGUGAAACUAUUACAAUGACUGUAACAGUAUCAAAAAUACCAAAAACCACAGAUAACGCUCAAAUAGAAAAGAGUCGUGGGGUUCGAAUAGAAUUUCAAAAAGUAUUGGUAUUUCUUUUAAUUAUAAGAGUGAUUGCAACAAUGUAA